GAAGAGCUGGCGUGGGAGAAAAAAUAACCAGCCCUUGAUGGUCCCAGGUCUGCAUGGCUGGUUGUGGUCCAACACACACAGGGUCACUGGACUGGGUCCCUAGGAACCCCUGCCUACUCCUGGAUGGGGAUAGGAGGCACCUGAGGGCCAGGACGGAAGGUGCUGAAGACAGGUGGGCAGAUGGCAGGGGCAGAAUGGGCAGCAGCCAUCCUUGGGUGAAGGGGCAAGUCUCACCACCAGAAGCAGAAGUGAGCUCUGGGAAGGGGGUCGGGGGCUGAAGAACACACCCCUCUUCCCUCUCGGUUCCCCUAAGAGGCGCCACCUGAACGGAGGCCAUCCCUCAGAUGCAGAGGUGGGGUCCACAGAGGGUCCCGCCUAGGCUCCCAGCCAUCUCCUGGGCCCUCUCCGGGCUCUCCUCAUUUGUCUCUGUGGGGACGAGAAUCUGAGAGCAGUAAGUGUGUCCCAAAGAGAAACAGUCACUGGGGGUGAGCCCGGACCCACAAUGGAGAUUCCCCCGGCAGCCAAGCUGGGUGAGGCUUUCGUGUUUGAGGACCGGUUGGAGAUGCAGACAAACCUUUUCCCGGAGGAGGACCCGGGGGACCCUUUUCUUCAGGAAAGGGGUUUAGAGCAGAUGGCUGUCAUCUACAAGGAGAUCCCUCUGGGGGAGCAGGACGAUUAUGAGGGGAAUAUCAGUCUGUGCUCGAGCCUCAUCCAGCAUCAGAGCAUCCCCCCAGGAGACAGACCCCAGGACGAUGAGCCAUCCAGCCCAACCUUCUUCCAGAAAUCAGACCUGACUAUGUGCCAGAUAAUCCACAGCGGGGAAGCGUCCGGUAAGCCCGAUGGGGAGACGGCGGGCAGGGGGGACUCGGGACCCGAGGGGCCUCACAGGACUGCACAGCCAGCCAAGCCCUACGCGUGUCGCGAGUGCGGCAAGGCCUUCAGCCAGAGCUCGCACCUGCUCAGGCACCUGGUGAUCCACACGGGGGAGAAGCCCUACGAGUGCUGUGAGUGCGGCAAGGCCUUCAGCCAGAGCUCUCACCUGCUGCGGCACCAGGCCAUCCACACGGGGGAGAAGCCCUACGAGUGCCGGGAGUGCGGCAAGGCCUUCCGCCAGAGCUCUGCCCUCGCGCAACACCAGAAGACCCACACCGGGAAGAGGCCAUACGCAUGCAGGGAGUGCGGGAAGGACUUCAGUCGGAGCUCGAGCCUCCGGAAGCACGAGCGCAUCCACACCGGGGAGAAGCCCUAUCAAUGUAAGGAGUGUGGGAAAUCCUUCAACCAGAGUUCGGGCCUGAGCCAGCACCGGAAGAUCCACACGCUGAAGAAACCGCACGAGUGCGAGCUCUGUGGGAAGGCCUUCUGCCACCGGUCCCACCUCAUCCGGCACCAGAGGAUCCACACAGGCAAGAAGCCGUAUGCAUGCGAGGAGUGCGGGAAGGCCUUCAGCCAGAGCUCCAACCUCAUUGAGCACCGCAAGACGCACACGGGCGAGAAGCCUUACAAGUGCCACAAGUGUGGCAAGGCCUUCAGCCAGAGCUCCUCGCUCAUCGAGCACCAGCGCAUCCACACCGGCGAGAAGCCCUACGAGUGUGGCCAGUGCGGCAAGGCCUUCUGCCACAGCUCGGCCCUCAUCCAGCACCAGCGCAUCCACACAGGCCGGAAGCCCUACGUGUGCAAUGAGUGCGGCAAGGCCUUCCGGCACCGCUCGGCCCUCAUCGAGCACUACAAGACCCACACGCGGGAGAGGCCCUACGAGUGCAACCGCUGUGGCAAGGCCUUCCGGGGCAGCUCGCACCUCAUCCGCCACCAGAAGGUCCAUGCGGGGGACAAGCUCUAGAGGAGGGGCUGGCGCCACGGCCUGCGCCUCUGGCAGCUGGAGCCCUGCCCCCCACUCAUCUGUGAGGCCUGCCCGCCUCCCCAGACCAGUUCCUCCUGGAAAUGCCCGCCCGCCCUGGUGGCAGGGCCCGGCCCCCGCUCCGCGGCCCUGGCCCAGCAGGGGGACUGGGUGGGGUGGGGAGGGAGGCCAAGGGCCGGGGCGCCAGGGCACAGCCGGCUCUCAGUUGUCUUGUGCUCACCUGUGACCCAAUGGGGUUUAGUUUUGCCCUCUAUUCGCU